GGCUCAUUCUCCUCUGCGCAAAGGUUGUCGCUCGCUGUUGGUCAGCUCCAGCUCCAGCCGACAUCUCCGUCUUGUCACAACAUCAUCAUCGACAACAUCCUCUUCCACGCUGCACUCGAUCCAUUCUCUUCAACACCUCCAUGACACCGCUCCAUUAGACUCCUCCUACACACUCUUUCUGCCCUCCUAAACAUCCACUGUUGGCCACAUAUUCAACAACAUCAUACCACACUUCCCCAUCGACCCUUUUGCCCAGCCACCAAACCCGACCUCACGCCGCCUUUCUUUUGCAGUAAAAAAACACCUGUGUACAUCCACUCUAUCAUCUCUAGCUACACCGAGAGCAAGACGGGUGUUGACCAGACUUUCUCCACCCCGCCAUGCUCGACGAAGCACCUAUCACCCCUGCCCGGCGGCCACGGGGUGGUCGCCCUAUGGCAGACCUGCGAGCCAACAGUCGAGAAGACGACGACGGCAAUGUGCCGACCAGUGACGAGAUCGUCAGCUCGUCUCCUCUGCAGCCCGCCUUUGAACCAAAAAUGGUGCUACGCAAUGGGGCAAGCGUUGAUCUCAUCUCAUGGCUUCGCACCCACUUCCAUCACCAGCCUCCGCCUCACACCCCGGUGACAUCGGUCAUGAAUCUGAACCACGUCCAGCGCCUGCUGCAAGAACGCUUCCCUCGUGUUCCAGACCAGGCUGAGCUGAAGCGCGCCGUCCUUGCCGCAUUCCCCCACUCGCAGUGGGAGGAGCCAUUGCACGAUUCGGCUCCGGAGCCGCCGAUCAUGAGGGGUUUGGCGUGGAACGGCAAGGAUGUGGCUGAGGACGACGAUGACACGCCUGGCCGCACUCGACCGGUACACCGACGCCCCAGACUGGAGACCAACGGUGUCAGCACAAGCCGUAGCCCCACAAACUCGCCUCUCCUUUCGCCGGAUUCAAGCAGCACUCGUCGCGCUAUGCCUGACACACCAGCCCGCAGUGUUCUAGAUGAAUUUGCCGAGAUUGUCACUCGCACCCCCGGGGUCAAGGAGCGGAGCCUUGAGCCUAUCGCUCUUCCCCUUCCUACUGCUGCGCCGACCGUACCGAAAACCCAAGCCCGGUACUGGAAGAAGAGGCCCGCCUCGCAGUCGCCUGAGCAGGGUCGGACCAGGCGCGAGUCGACGCCGGACGCACUGCAAGAGCUUCUCGAGGCUGCCGAAGCGAUCGAGGGUAGUCCAUUGACUACCUCCAAGACGGAACGUGGGGGACACAAACGGCGGCGCACCAUUGCGGGCGGGUCUACCACACAAGACUUUGCCGCUGGCCUCUCGUUUGCUGCGAAUAGAGGGCGUAGCGUGCGUGGCACAGCUUCACCUCAGAUCGCCGGCCUCUCUCUACUCAACCCGAAAGAUCAGGACGAUGAAGAGCCUAUAUCUCCGCUUGCGAGCGAGGAAAGCCACGCGUCGCGGCUCAUAGCCAUCGGCCAGGGGCGGUGGGGCGCGCGCGGCGGAUCAUCGAGCACUUCGCAGCUGUCGCAGGUUAGCGAGGUAGCAGCGCCUGCCGGGCCAUCCAAGGGCGCCGGGCGUAAGGUCAACGAGUUACCCACAUCUACGCAAGGACAAUUCCCCGGUUACGACUGCAAGCCGCCGUAUCCGUACCACGAAAUGAUCCGGCACGCGAUCGAGCAUGCGCCAGACCGCAAGCUGCAGCUCGCGCAAAUCUACAGCAGUAUCGCCGAGCGCUUCCCGUUCUUCAAGACGCUGGAUGAGAAGAAGACGGCCGGGUGGCAGAACAGUAUCAGACACAACUUGAGUCUCAAGAAAAUGUUCGUACGGGUAAAUAAGGCAGACGGGACGGACGAGGGUGGCAAGGGCGGAUGGUGGACAGUGCAGCCCGGCGUGCCGGACGAGGGACGGCCGGGGCGCAAGGCGAAGGCGAAGCGCGCCAAGGCUGAGGCCGAGAGCGGGCCGCCCUCCGGCACGAGCACGGCGGCGGGGACGCCGGCCCCGCCUGGCGUGAAAAUAGCUCCGUCACCAGCACCCAGUGUUGCGACACUGCCUGGGCCGACGCCGCGCCCGACGCCGAGCCCUGCCGUCACACGACCGUCGUUGCCUAAGCCGGAACUACACGGCCGGUAUAUCGCGCCGGGCCCUGCUCCGCAACCGCAACCACCCCUGCAGUCCAAGACUGCGUCGACUAAGGUCUCUCCGAACCAGAGCCAAAGCCAGCCGCAGCCUAAACGUAUUGCACCCGACCAGCAGACGCCUACCCACAGUGCGAAAGCUCCUCUGAGCCAGAGCCAGAGCCAGAGCCAGAGCCAGAGCCAGACUCAGCCCCCAUCCAAGGGGCAGGCGCCUAAUGGCACAGCCACACACACACUAUUCCCACGGGCGCCAUCGACGAGUACUGCGCCAGGCGAUCCAUUUGUUGACGAGAAGAGUUCCUAGACACAUCUUGUAAAUGCACCUCCUUCUGUU